AAGAUUUGUGCUACCUGGACUCCGGGCAACACUUCCCAAACAAUAUGGACGAUAUGUGAAAAUUGCAAAUUUACCUAAAAUGUGAUAAAAGUCAAAUAAAUUGUUACCAUAAAUGUGUUACGCGUAAAAGAAAUAAAAAUGAUGGAAGAUAAGGAUGUUGCGGGAAUUAGAAUUAGUCCCGCAAAUGUGGCGUUUUAUGACACAACCCCGGAUAGUAUUGAACAGCUGAAUGUCACUGUUUACAACAUCAGUAAAUCAAGCAAAAGUAUCAGAUACUAUGCUCCAAAAACAAAGAAAUUCAAGUUGAAAGUUAAGAAUCCAGACAAGCCUGUUGCACCAGGUCUGAGUGUGCCAGCCAUCAUAGAGUACAGAAGCACUGAAGAAGGCGAGUUUAAAGAUCGUAUUGUAGUCACUGUAGAUGGAGAAGUCGUGGAAAUUCCAAUUGUUGCACAUCCAACCAAACCAAUAUUGGAGAUUGAUCAGACAAUUGAUUUUGGGCAUGUGGUAGCUAAUAGCAAAACAAUAGCAAGGGAAAUUAGCCUCAUAAACCAUGGGUCUAAAUCAGGAGAAUUCAAAAUCAAGUAUGCUGGUGAUCAGCCCAUUGCUAUCAUGCCAACCAGUGGAUCUGUGCCACCUAAAAGUGUACAGCUGAUAAAGAUUGAGCUCGUUACCAAGCAUGCUGGAAAAAUUGAAGAACUUGUAAAGGUUAAGUUGGAGGGUGAAGGGACGAAAGCACUGACCAUCCGAGCAAACUGCGUACAGCAGGCUCUUCAGGUUCUCUCCCUGGAGACAGAGGAACCCAUCAACUGUAUACAGUUUGGAAAUGCCUACUACGGAUCAGACAAGACUGAGUGUGCUGUACUGUGCAAUAAUGGUCCAGAACCUGUCAACUUUGUAGCUAUCCUUGAUGAAGAUGCUAUUGCACAGGAAAUGGGUAUAGAUUUGACCAAGAACACAUUGGCAGCCCUUGCAGACCAUGGCGACUCAAGUCAGGUCCAAGGGGAGACAAAUGAGCUAACAUCCCUUGUUACUGCCAUCCCCAACCAGGGCAUACUCCAGCCGUACGAGAGAAUACCUGUCUUUUUCAGGUUCAGCCCAAGGUGGAAUGCCUCGAAGGCUGGUUUCAAGAACAAGGUUGGUCCCCCUCCAAGGAAGGACUUUGCUCUCUUUCUCAAACUGCAGAUCAUCGGAUCAAGUGAGGCAGCAGGCCAGGCUGAUGACAAGUGUAUUGAGGUGGCAAUGACAGGCACAGCUCUGCCUGUUCUGCUGGACAUCUCACCAGCCACCAAGUAUGACUUCGGUGAGGUUCCGGUUGGGGAGCAUGCAGACAUCCUCUGUACCCUGAAGAACAGCUCGGACGUGCUCCCCACAACGUUCCAGUUCAGGCGUAUUGCUCACUUUAUUGCUCACCCUCCAAAUGGCAAGAUCCAACCUCUGGGUACUCAGGAUGUCAUUUUCUCCUUUGCUCCCAAUCAAGCAGGUUUCUUUAAGCCGCAACAAAUGAUAGAUGUGAUCGGGCAUGUGGCUGACAACCGCAACCCAACAUUGGCCCACUUACAAGUCAUCCACACCAUUCCUAUACAUUUUCUUGGCCGCAGUGACCCCAUCACCAAACACAGGAACUCAAAGUUCAACCCUGGUAUAACCCCCUAUAUCAGCAAUGAGGUAGGCAUGUUUGUGGACACAACAUUUGCCUCUCUCAAUGACAAGCCCCGCAAUGCUGUGGCGGGUGGAAAAUCGGCCAAACUACACCGCCUUACCACGUCCAACACAGAGGAUGACCUCAAAUCUAAGGUCGCUUUCCCCAAUGACCGUGCCCACAGCAUUAGGCCCAGUGAUAGGAAUGAGUCGUACAACUUCAAAGAUUUUGUGUGGUCGGACCAAGUAAAACUGACAGAGCUGAAGUGUCCAUGUUGCCUCAAUACAUUACUGAAGAAAAACAAACAAAUUCCUGGUGAAAAAGUAGAAAACGCCCCAAUGUCAGGGACUAUAUUUACGCGUACAAAGCGUCACACGUACAUUGACCCAGAUUAUGCCCAUAUUGACGAUGACAAUGUAAAGCAGUGGAAGCAUCGGGACAGCUACGUCCAGCUAAUCAGAGAAAUGAAGGACCGAAGACUCAACAAGAAGAAAGCAAGGGAGUUCAAUGCGACGAACACCUCAACAGACAUUGGUAUUAAGCCUGCUAAAGGCAUUAGACCCAAGAAACUGCUGCUGGAUGAGAUUAAGCCCGACCCAAGACCCCCCACCCCUCCCAAUGCUGACUUCAAGCUAUUAAGCAGCAAGAGCUUGUCGGCCACUAUGAGCAAGGUAACGGGCAAACCUAUACGUGAUGGGCUGAAUGCAGUGCCCACUACAAGCCAGGAAAAAGUAGACUGUGCCCGCUUCCUAACACCACAAGAACAACACCAGGUUGUCAUUGGCCCCGCCCUAUUAGACUUUGGACAGGUCUGCCUGAAGUCAAUCACCACCAAGAAUCUGGAGAUUGUUAACAACCUUGACCAGAAUGUCCUCGUGGUGGCUGAGAUUGAUUGUCGUGAGUUACGUCAGAGCAGCCCGCUAUCCCAAGUGGUGCCUGCCAAAUCUAAGGCCAGCAUUCCCAUCGUCUUUGAGUCGAACCAGAAACAGAAGUUCCAGAGGUCCGUGACGUACACAGUGAAUAACUACCACAAACACCAUGUGACAGUGUUGGCGGAGGUGGUGCCUGUGGCCCUGCAACUGUCCACAGAGGAGCUGUUACUCAAGCCUUCAUUCGGCCUGCCUGCAGAUGCCGGUUUCCGAGGCAUAAUCACCCUGACAAACAAACUGAACUACCCAGCUGAGUUUACAUGGGCCCCAAACCUUGGUGAGAAGGGGACAGCGUUCUCCAUCAGGCCGGCCACUGGUGUGGUUGACCCCUUCAAGGAGCUGGACUGUGAGGUGGUCUGGCACCCAUCUUACCUCGCACCAGAGGACGGAUCCUUCUCACUCAUGAUACACAGUGGCAACACCCUCCAGCUCAGGUGUAAAGCAGAGCUGGGACCGACCAAUGUUCAGUUUGUGGAACGACGGAUCAUUUUUGGUCAGGUCCCCGUCAAUCUGUGCACCACCCGCAAGAUCCUUCUGGCCAAUACUGGAAUCAACCAUGCAUACUUCCAGGUGAAUGACCCAAACCCAUUCCCAGGCCUGCAGGUGAGCCCGCUCCAUGGAGUAGUGCCUGUUGGGGGAAAUGCAGAGCUACAGGUGAAGCUCAGCCCGGAUGCCAUUCUCAAGUUUGACACCCGGGUCCAGGUGGCGAUCAAGGGAGGUCGCAACAUUGAGCUGCGGAUGGGCGGGACGGUGGAGCCACCCACGGUUGACAUUGAUCUGCCUGCAUUCAAUUUUGGAGGUGUAUUCUGUGGGUCCGGAUCUACAAUGCCUUUCAAGCUCAUUAACAGGAUGAUGUCGAAGGCCAAGCUUGAGUUUGACUUAUCCAGGUUUAAGGAUUUCACCCUCAAUUUCCCCGGUUUCCAAACUCAAGAUGAUUACACAUUCCAAGUGUUGAACCCGGGCAUGUUUUCUGUGACCCUGAACUCUGAAGAGACUGUGGAGGGAGAGCUGAUAUUCAUGCCAACUGAGGUUGCAGCAUAUGACUUCACUCUGCCAGUGAUGAUCAACCACACAGGAGCCCCAUCCCCUGCCCCCACCCCCUUCCCACCGACUCCUGCCCCUUCAAACAAGAAUGCCCUGCAGCACAUCAUAAACCCAAAGCCCCAGCCGUUUACCGUUGACACACCCAGAAAGCAUGUUAUCGCCACAGCGCUACGCCAGCCUCUCCAGCUCUCAACGAACAAGAUAGAAUUGUUUGCUCCUGCCUCGUUCCAUGAUGUCUCCAUACAGUCCGGACAGAUGCAGUCUAAGGGCACGAUUCUGGUGAACAAUAGUGACAAUGAGCUGACAUGGGCCAUUGACCUGCGCGUUAACAGCAAGGCAAUUGAGGAGGGUGUAUUUAAGUUUAUCCACCCAUCUGGUGCCCCCUUUACUGACCCCGGAGGUGAGGAUAAGGGGUACAUCGAGGGCUCCCUCAAGCCAGGGGAAACACAACAAGUCGCAGUCAUGUUCUGUCCAAAGACCCCAGGGAAGUAUGAGGGCCUGUUCAAGGUGAUCCUAAAUGAGCAGUUUGACAAGCCAUACCAGUACUUGCAGGUGGCUGCGGAGUACAAGGCCCCGCGCCUCUGGUUCGACCCACUCGCCAUCGUCCUUACCCCGGUGCCUCUUCUAACUGAGGUCAGCGCAGAGUUCACACUCUUUGCUGCACAGUUCACUGAACAGACUAAGAUUGAGGUUGAGACCCCAGAGGUGGAGUGUGAAGAUGGCAGCAAACUCAGCCCCCUCAAAGUCUCCUUUCCUGAGGGACAGGUUGUGAAGCCAUGCUGUGGAGAUGAGGGUCAGGUUGAACCCUUCAGCCUGCCAUGCAAGGUGACCUUUGCGAGUCCACGCCCUGUCUCCUUUGCCAAGAAUGUCAGCUUCACAUUCAAUGGCUGUGGACUAGCGUUCACCCUCUUGGUGACUGCCACUGCAGAUAAUUGCCUCAUGACUUGCUAUCCGUUCCUGGCCCUGCAUAGAACUGACCACCAGAUAGUCUGUGAACAGGGUGGAUCUCCCAAAGGUCAUAAGAUGGUGUCAAAGGAGAGCCUGAACAACUUGGGAGAGGCAGUGUUUAUCCCUUGUCAGACGCCCAACAUGAACUCCCGCCCCAGCACUAGCGCCACAAGCUCAAACUUCCAGGUCUCCUCAUCCAGCUAUGAGUCCUCUGACAGUGUCACAGAUUCUUCAGACGGCAGCACACCUGUAAACCGAGAUGGAGCCAAGAACAAGCCACCAUCUGGAUCAGACCAUCAGAUGUUUUCCCGACAGAACGAUUUGGCUUCACGCUCAUUAGGCUCGGCCAUGUUCCCAGAUGAGGACUCAGAAGAAGGGAUUUUCCAUAUGGAGGUUCUGCUGGCCGUCCAGCGCUGGUUCUCCAGUCAGGGCUGGCCUGGUGGACCCUUCCCCAUUGCCAUACCAAACUCUCUGAGAACUGGUAUCAGCCGUAAGCCAGUAGACGAAGAAAAGAGCCCAAAGUCAGGCAGCUGGGACACCAACAACUUGAAGAAGGAGAUAAAGACCAUAUAUGAUAUGAUAAGCCAUCUGGCUGGGCGGCCAGUACCCGGGAUUCCCCUCAAUGGGCACCUGCCAGCUGACCCCAUUGAGAGAGUAAAACAGGUGUACUGGCAGCACUCAACACUUCUCACCUUCCUCAGGUGUCAGGGUGCAUGUGUGGCUUCAGUGAAGCCGGAGUACCUGAUGGACAGUAGGGACUACCACCUGUGGAAGCAGAUGCAGACGGAGAUCCGUAUGAACCCCGCCCUCGCAGAGACGGCACUGUCAUCUGCAGAGGAAGAGCUGGAUGAUGAUGUGUUCGAGGCUGUCUCCAAACGCGCCUGGACCGACAUACUCCUACAGAUACUCAAGACCCUAGUGUUGGUAAAGGUGACACCACGUUCCCUCAAAAACACUGCCUCCCCAGACCAGAACGUGUUCAUGCCAGAUGUGAACCCUGACCCUCUAUCAAGUAACAUCUACAGCUGCGCCGAGAGGAUUAUUCUGACCUGGGUGAACCAUCACUAUGAACACUACAGGAAGAUUGUAUGGCAGAACUGUACUAAAGGUGGAGUUCCCCCGGCCCGCUGGAUUGUAAACUACGACUUUGACCUGUUGGACGGCCUGGUACUGGGCGCAGUCAUCGGGGCCCACAUGCCUUUCUUGAUUAAGACUCACCUACAGGACAUGUACACGCACCCUGCCACUGCUGAGCAGUGCCUGCACAAUGCCCUGAAGGUGGUGAACGCCAUGCGUUAUGCUGGGAUAGACUACGACAUCCAGGCUAUUGACAUUACAGACCCGAACCCAAUCGCCCUGUUGCUUUUAUGCUCCCACCUGUACCAACGCCUGCCCCAAUACCUGCCCAAAGCCAGUGUGGAGUUCUCCGCGCCACUACAUGCUACAGUCUCCAGACAGGUGAAGCUAAGAAACCCAAGUGGGAAGCCACUGGUGUAUCAGGUAUUGGUUGCUGGUCAUGAUGCCCGUGAUUUCCGGGUUCCCAAGGGCGAGUUUGUUACCAUCCCUCCCAAGUCCUCCCUGCCCCUUGGUGUCGAGUUCACCAGCCGAUUCCUCAGACCGGCCGAGGCUGUCCUUGUGCUGAUUGGUCGACGCCAAGGGUCAGCAGUCGGCUCUACUCUCACAUUCAGUCUGAGGACGCAAGUGGAAAACAUCGCACCCAAGAAAUUUAAAGACCCAGAGAAGGUCCUUCAAUGUGAAUCCCCCUGCUAUGAGCUGGAGAAGAUCAACAUCGAAGUGACCAAUCCCUUCUCCGAAGGUGGAGAGUUCCGCAUAGUCCUUGUGGAGGCGAGCGGCGCCCUCCUGGACCCUGGCCGACAGGCAGCCAUGCUUAAACGCAAGGAGAAAAAGAAGAGGAGAAUCAAGUCGAAGAUUGAUUCUGGAAUUAUGAGGCCUGAAACACCACCCUCCCCGCCCCCCAAGAUCGCUGAUACUCUCCAGAUGCAGAAAGAUGAUGAUGAAAGCAUGAUGAGCGCAUUCUACAGCCCGGUCUCCAGCAUAUUCCUGGAUGCCAAUGCCACAACAACAGUGGAAAUCCACUUCCUUCCGUUCAAUGUUGGUGAACGACAGUGCUCCGUCAUCUUCCUGAAUGAGGAGAUAGGAGAGUUCCUGUACUCCAUUGAGGCGAAGGCAACCCUCCCCCUGCCGGACUCACUGCCCUUUGUAAAGACCACUCACAGUGUGAGGAUCAGCAGUGCUGCUGCCGCAGGUACUGGGAAGGGGCUGUUUGGUGGAGAUGAGCGGGUUGUGUAUUGGAAAUGUGAGGCCGGACAGGAACUACAGGAGAACCUCACUGUGCCCUACAACAACAACCCCCGUGAGCGCGCCCUUAUGGUCGCAUCACAACAGCGAAUGUCCAACAUCGAGUUUUCACGGCGUUUGACCACUGGCACUCUAAACUCAAGCAUUGUUGCCGCGCAGACCAUCACUAAACUGUGCAGUGACCCAAUGAAGGCAAUACAGAAGGCCAAAGAGCGACGCCCGCAGGGUCAGACCUACACUGUGGAAGUUGAUUCCGCCCACUACAAACUGCCUGACAGGAUCUUCAUACCUCCCUCCGGGGAGAGGGCCCACAGUGCACCCACCGGCAAGAAAGUCUACAUAGCAUCCCCGAACAGACAAGGUCACCUGGAUAUCCCUGUGCGCUUCAGGGCAGAGGAGCCUGGCCACUACCCAUGUGAGAUUGUGCUGCGCGGGACUGAUGACGUUCGUGUGUUUCAAAUUGAAUGCACUGUGAACCCAGAGGGCAGUACAGCCGAGAUUACCUUCACAGCUCCAGUGCACCAGAAUGUCACACAGGAAAUACCACUGGUUAACAUGACAAACAACGACUGGCCUCUGAAGGCCCACAUCACAGGGACAGGCUUCCAUGGCCCCCGCACCAUACUGGCCAAGGCAUUUCAAACCACAAGAUACCCACUCGUGUUUAGACCACAGAAUGAGAACCCUGUUGCUGGUCGGUUGGUUCUGAUGAACACAGAGGAUGGCACGGAGCAUGUUUUCCAGUUGAAUGGAUCAGCGGAGAAGCCUCUUGCACUAGAGCAUAUCAUCCUCAAGUCUCAGGUCCUGAAAACACUGACCUAUGACCUAAAGAUCCCGAAUGUGACACACAAGAAGCUGUGUUACCGUGUGGAGUCUGACCUCCCCAUUGUCAGUGGCGACAUGUCCGUUACUGUGUUACCAGGGAAACAGGCCAUCUACAGGAUGAAUGUCGCUCCCAUUCGACGCGGAGUUUUUAAGGGAGUGAUAGCCUUCAUUGCUGGCAAAAACCCUGUUGUAGAGGUUGACAGUGAUGGGGAUGAGAUGCCAGACGAAGAUGAUGAGACGCGCCAGUUCUAUGGCUACCGUGUCUGGUAUGCAAUUGAGAUACAUGUGAAGCCCGCACCUCCAGAGCGCAUUAUUGAGGUCACAUGCGCAUGCCAGAAGAAACAGCUCCUCGAGGUGAUUGUUCGCAACCCUACUCAGAAUGAUGUUACCCUGGAGGCAACCAUUGAGGGACGUGACCUUACAGGUGCUCCAUCUAUAACACUGCCAGCCGGCUCCAAGGAUGUAUACAUGCUGCAGUAUGCUCCUGCUGUCAUAGGACAAACCAAGGGCAGCCUGAUAUUCUACCAUGAAUUGGUUGGAGAGUUCUGGUACAUGUUGAAGCUGAUGGCAGACUCUCCCUCCCAGACCACUCUGCCACACAUGGAGUGUGAACUCGGCAGAUGGACAAAACAGAACAUCGUACUUGAGAACCCAACAGAGGAGAUGCUGGAGCUGAUUCCGACCAUCUCUAAUACAAACAACUUCUGCCUGGAGCGCGAUAACGAGCGCCCUAUUGUGCUCGCCCCACACUCGAGUCUGGAGGUGCCCUUACACUUCAUGCCCUCAACUCUUGGGGAGGGAGACCACCUUGCUAAGAUCACCUUCUUUAGUGAACAGUUGGGAGAGUGGGUGUUUGUUGGUUCGGGCACAGGACUGUUACCAGGGACCCAGGACCCGGUGUCAGUAUUCACUGUGGCGGGUUCCAAUACCACGCUUAUCAUCCCCUUCAGGAACCCCAUGGACACAGCAGUCCUCUGUGAGGUGAUGCUCAGAGAUAAGAACUCUAGUCUGGAGGAGACCCUAGAAGGCAAGGCUGAUGCUGACAACAAUUCCCCGUUUUGUCUGCUCCUGAAGCGUAAAUUCAGCAUCCGUGUUGGCCCAAAAUCCACCCUAGACAUCCCUGUGUGCUUCGCGCCCACUGAGAUGACCAUGUUUGAGGCCAUCUGUACCGUGAUAGUGACGAGAGAGGAUGGAGAGAAGUGGAACUAUGUGCCCAGGGACAGCCAGGGGUACCAACUGUCUCGGACCGGCAGUGAUGGCAUUAGGGAGGUUCGGUGGGUGUUCCCCAUCCAGGGCAUUCCAGAGUCACGCCCAAUCAAGGAGUCAUACGGGGCGAUGAUCGAGUGCCAGGCCCGGGAUCGCCUUGAGGAGAGGUUGGAGGUCACUCUUGCGGGGGUGGCGCCUGUCACCUCUGGGCCAAUGAAGUCCAUAUACACACGUUCCAUCACACCCAAGAACGAGUCCCCAAAACUGCCUGAUGGCAUUGUGGUUGGUGAAUCAUUAGCCACUGCUGAGGAGUUCACAUACACAUUGACAUACAAAGGCAAGGACAGCCAGGAGGACUUACAGAACAGUGUGGCCCUGCAGCUCGUACGACAACAUCGGGACACGGCAUCUGGCCUUGUUGUGCUGGUCUUCAAUGUGAUUUUUAACCCCUUCAGAACUAUGGACCAUGGGGUGACGCUAGAGGUGAAAGCAUCGCAAGGUGGUGUGUGGAAGUUUCCGAUCCGAUUCCUCGCCCUUGAGCCCCCUGAGGAUGAUGUUCUCGACAUUGAGGCUUCCGGGCUUGACCAGGACUCCUACGUGGGCUUCCGGCUCACAAGCCAGUCCAAGCACCCUGUAUCAUAUAAUGCAUACUUCACAGCUGGGAGUGAUCCAGAGUUUAGCGUGACCCCAUCCAGUGGGGAACUACUUCCUGUUGGCACAAACGGGUCACUCAUCCGUGUUGGAUUCUGUCCAGCUGUAUACGGGAAAAUAUACACAGGAAAAUUAGUUGUGCAAACGCCAGACAUGCAGUGGAGCUACAACGUGCGUGGUGUGUUGCCAGAGUAUGCACCACCCCGAGGCAUCUCGUCUCGACCAAUGAGGGGCCCCCAUCCUGACCCACGUUACCGUCGCGAGAAAACCAACUACAUUCUGGAUAACAUGCGACUCAAAACCACUGCAGUCUCCUCCCCAAUCAAGGGGGCGCCCAUCUUACAGAGGGUGAAAAUGGCCUGAUGGACCUGAUGGACUAAACUGUGUAUUUAAUGCUGUUAAUAUUGUCAGUUCGUUAGCAUUAUGGUCUACAAAAUCAUGCAUUUUAGUAAAAGACUGUGAUGAUUAAAAAAGUAUUUAUUGUUUUUAAUGUUAUCUUAUUUAGUUAUUUUAUGCAAAAAGUGUAUUUUCAGAGAAAAUGUUUAAUGUGAUAAUAACAUUGAUGUUGAUCAGUAUUUUAAAAUGCUUUCAUUAUGAAGUUACAUGUUUACUAUUGUGUGAUGUGUUUUCCGUUUUUGCAUUCAAGAAGAAGCAGAUUACUGCCAAAUAUAAAUUGCUGUAUUAUUAAUAUUGAAAAGAAUAUAUUUAUGGGUCAAUUUCAUGACUAGUGAAACAUUAAGUCAUGACAAAGUUGCUGUUGUCAUAGUUUUUUUACAGAACUUUUAACUGCCUACUAUGAAGUAUAAAAUGUUUCAGUUGAAGUAUUUAGUGUCAUCAUCUAAUCUGUCGAAAAAUCAGUACCUAAUAUACAUUAGUGUGGGUCUUUUGAAUAAAAAUGUUAUCAUUUUAUUUCUGUAUAUUGUAUGUUUGUAUUUUACACAAUUUUGGUCUGUGAUAUUUGUUCUGCUCUUGUACACUAUGACUUUACAAUACCAGUACAUAGUUAUAUGAUACAUGAUUAUAUGAGAAUGAUUGUUGAAUACCUGACUGUGCUCUAUGUCUGUUAUUAUGGUAUAUUGUCUCAUAAAUGUAGCUUAGAUUCAAAAUAUUUUUACAUUCCUAUCAAUACUGAUAUAAAGUAGGAUUUAUCAUAUAUGGUGUAUAGCUGUUUUCUGUUUACUGUUUUAAACGUUUAUUUGACACUGUAACUGCAUUGAUUUCAAAAUAAAAUAUCCGA